AGAUGUAAACACGUAUCGCGUCAAGUUGUUUAAAUAUUAUGUAAAUUGUCGUAUUGAAGUUUUAAGGUUAAGAUUGAUUUCAAUAUUUAGUGCUUUUUGCUAUCGGGAUGUCGUUUAUUAAAGUAUUCAUAAUAAUAGCGGUAAUAACAAGUUGUUUUGCGUAUAAUAUCUUGUUAGUUUCACCUUUACCAAGCGGCAGUCAUGGAAUAUUGGGCGAUGCAUUUAUCAGAAUCUUCACGAAUGCCGGCCAUAAGGUUACCUUUAUUUCUUCGAUGACAAAACUAACAUCAUCUCCAAAUGUUACAGUAAUCAAUGUAGCUGCUAACAUAAAAACAUUUCCAGAUGAUUUAUUAAACAUAAAAGCAAUAAUGGAUCAACAAUCGGAUAUGCGUGAUGACGAUUUAUUCUUCCCCGUCAUGGACAAUCUCAGUUUGGUAACAAUGCAAAUGAAGGAAGUACAGGAAUUAUUGAACGAUGAGACGCAGAGUUUUGACGUAGUCAUUGCGGAAUGGAUGUAUAAUGAAAUAUAUGCUGGAUUGUCAACAUUGUACAAUUGUCCCUUAAUUUGGUUUUCAUCUCUUGAACCCCACUGGUUAUUUUUGAGGGUAAUUGAUGAAGCUCCGAAUCCCGCUUAUAAUUCUGACAGUAUGUCAGCUAAUGUAAUUCCUUAUACAUUCUCACAACGUGUUGAAGAAUUGUGGCUACAGAUAUCUAGAAGCUUCUAUCGAGAAAUAUGGACAUACAAAGACACUGAAGAUGUUUUCAACGAAAUAUACACCCCAUUGCUAACUAAAAGAGGCCGACCAGUACCAAAGUAUAACGAAGUGAGAUACAAUGGAGCACUUACACUGGGUAACUCACACGCAAUUUUGGGUCAAGCCACCAGAUUACCACAGAACUAUAAACCAAUCGGAGGCUUUCAUAUUGAAGAAAAUGUUAAGCCAUUACCUGAGAAGUUAAAACAGAUCAUGGAUGAUGCAAAACACGGCGUUAUUUACUUUAGUAUGGGAUCUAAUUUAAGAAGCACGGACUGGCCUCUGGAGAUUAAGAAAAAGUUGCUAAAAGUAUUUGGUGAAUUGAAACAAACUGUUAUAUGGAAGUUUGAAGAAACUUUGUCUGACUUACCAAGUAACGUUUAUAUAGUAAAAUGGGCACCUCAACAAAGUAUUUUAGCACAUCCAAAUUGUGUCUUGUUUAUAACACAUUGUGGUUUAUUAUCAACAACUGAGGCGAUAUACUUUGGCGUCCCUACAGUCGGAAUCCCAGUUUUUGUUGACCAAUUUGUAAAUGCAGAAAGAGCGGUCAGAAAAGGAUUCGGCAAGAAAGUGAGCCUGUCCUAUUCAUUGGUCGAUGACUUAAAAGUUGCACUUAAGGAUGUAUUAAGUAAUUCCAGAUAUCGUGACAAAGCAAAGGAAUUGUCCGCUAUCUACCACGACAGAAUAUUAAAACCUCACGAAGAGAUCGUUCAUUGGGUAGAACAUGUGAUUCGCAGUAAUGGUGCGACUUAUUUGCGUUCCCCAGCACUUAUGUUGCCCUGGUACCAGAAAUUAUACCUUGACCUUCUAGCAAUCAUCUUUUCCAUAACAAUUACAGCUGCGGUUAUCAUGAAGUGUUUAGUGACAAUGAUUCAGCGAAAAUUUAGUAAGACAAAAACUGACUAGCAAUAUUUCCAACUAAGAGCAGGCGCACACCUUUGACUAAACGAUCGCACGACUGAUGUGCGAUUGUCGAUUGUUUCGCAGCCAAUUCAACUGUGUGCGCACCUCGAUAUAGGCUCAUGGGAAUCAAAGCGAGACUAAACGGUUUUGCGAUAGUUUAGUAAAAUGUGUGCGUCUAAGUAUCGUUUUAGUUACAAAAUAUAUUUUUUUGGGCAAUUUAUGGUGAUUGAUGGUUGAAUGUUGUGUCAUCCAAUUAUUUAAAAAAAACCAGUGAUACAUUUGUAGUGAAAAAGUUUCCGGAUAAAUAAAACCUGUCGAUUACGAAUUAACGAAUAACACAAAUUAAACAUUCACAAAUAACUGAA